GUCGACAUCACCAGAUCAUUGGAACACCUAUCGGCAACAUUGCUUCAAAUCAAAGCAGUAUCCGCUUCCCAAUUUCCAAAAUGAUGUAUUUUGUAGCAAACUCGGCGGCUCGGCACAGAAGUUUGAGGGUAAAAGUAUGGGAUUCCAAAUUCCAAUCAUCGGGAGUCAGACGACUUGCCUGACCUUGUAUUGUACCUCGAGGACGGCCCCUUGAGCGAAGUGGGAUUGAGUGUGCUCUGACGACGGCCAGUGCCACGACACCCUCCCCUUUUCGAAAAGGCUCCUAACCAACCCACGAUCGAUCGUUUACGGGAAAUUUCGGUACCCCAAGAGUAGCCAACCACGAUAACUUACCCCGCAUUUUUCUUGUUCUGAUUUUUCCUACAAUAUGCCUCCAGUAACGACCUCGGAUACGCAGCAGGAGACACAGACGUCUUCGAUUCUCAAGGAGCGUCGGUUCAAGCUGAGCAGGGCAUGCGAUCGUUGUCGGCGGAGGAGAAUCAAGUGCGAUGAAGGCCAUCCCUGCCAGGCCUGUCUUACCGCCAAUUCAGCAUGUACAUUCGAGGAGCCUGGGAAGAGGACUCACCCACACAAGUCCAAGCGAACUGCGACGCUAGAGGACCGUAUGCACCACCUCGAAACGCUAAUACAAGCGAUACCACCCGCGGUGUUCGCUGCUGGUGGUGCAGCUGCUGCAGUGAACCCAGCUAAGCAGUCUUCUCCCACCGACAUCAACAGCCCUGCUUUUGCCUUUCCUUCCUUUCCCUCGGGAAUCCCCCCACCUUCCUUGCAUGUUUUUCCACUAACCAACCCAUCGACACAUUUCUCACCACCUCCUCAAUCUGCUGAUGGUCGACAACGAAGUCCUAGUUCGUCUUUCCAGUCUCUCAUGGGAAAUCUCUUCACAGGGAGUGGCCCAGAUUCCCUUGCGGACGACACCUCGCGGAUGUCGCUCACCGCCUCAUAUCUAUAUUUUGACGAUGAGGGGUACACGCGAUGGCAAGGUGAAACGUCCGGUUUGCCCCUGUUGGAUCUUUUGGUCGAGCGACACAAUCCUUCCGAGACGAGCGAAAGCACGCCAUCAAACGAGACUACAUCGGCGGCCACGAAAAUUGCCAAUUCUCAGGAGCCGCAAUGGUUUCCCAACCGAACACCCCGGAGAACACAUAUUAAUCCCCAGACGCUCUGGUCGAUGAUAACAACAUAUAUCGAGCCGGAGCUUAUGGACAGUCUCGUGCAAUGCUAUCUCUCAACGUCUUAUUACAUCCUCCCCUUCAUACACGUCCCGACUUUCCUCGCAGACUACGGUAACCCAGAAAAAUGGGGUGAACCUGGAUUCGCUGCCUUCAUUGUCUCCAUUUGUUGUCUGGCGUCCCGGCAUAUGGAUGACCCUCGUGUUCGUGCCGAUCCAAAUGACAGCAUCUCUGCUGGCACGCAUUGGUUCGAGCUUCUCGGACGACUACGCACUCUCCCUACGGCGGACCGACCGACCCUAUACACCAUACAUGCCAACCUUAUCGCUGCCGUAUACGCCAUCGGUCUUGGCCGACUCUCAAAAGGCGCUGCCCUCCUCUCAGAAGCCAUAACCGUGUCCGUCGAUGCUGGUCUCCACCGUUCAGCCGACACAUACGAUCUCUUCGACCCAAUUGAGGACGAGGUGCGGAAACGCACGUUCUGGUGUGUGUAUAUCUGGGAUAAGCAGCUGAGUGCGCAUUUUGGGCGACCGCCGAUGAUCCGAUUGAGGGACUGCGAUGUGGGAGAGCCGGCGCCCGUUGAUGAUGAGUAUAUCACGCAUGAGGGCGUCGGUGUGCCACCUCCAGGUACCGAAUGCCGUAUGAGCGCUUUCAUAUUCUCACUGCGGAUUUUCGUGGUGGCUGAGUCGGUAUUGGAUGUGCCGCCGGCGCGGCAGUCCUCGUCACCUUUUAUGGCUAAGGCAGCGGCGCUCCUGACUGGGUCCUCCGGGUGUAAACUACUCAAGGACGAGGAGAUACUGCUGGACGAGAUCCAUCGGAGUAUACCUCCCAUUUGGUCGCAGUCUGCGGAGACUCUGGGUACGGAAGAUACGAUUCGACUGACGCAGGCGGAGCGGUUACAUUGCGCGGAACACUUUGUACGGCUCUUGAUCCAUCGACAUCGGUUUUCGCAGAUGGUCGCUGAGCGGCAUGCAGCGGGCGGAGACGAUGAGCAACAGACUGAAGCUGAGAAGGAGGCUAUGGUCGCAGCGCAUAAUUCGGCAUUGCAAAUCGCCGCUGCGCAUUUGCAUAUUGCGAGGAAGGGAUUGAUGACCUACUAUGGCGUUCACGUUAUCCACCAACUCACCCAAGCUGGACGGACACUCGUCGCCGUUCUACUCAACUGCAAGACUGAUACGUUGCAACACCUGAUACCCUCUGGUCUCGACGCGCUGCGCUCUUGUAUUGGUCUUCUGAGAAGAUUCAGCGGUCGUUACAUCUGCGGACUCCGUUCGGGGGAUCUCAUGGAAGAAUUCUGCCGAUUAACUCAAAUUCCGUUGGAGCCCACCCCACAACAGGAUAAUCCUCAAAAUGACAGACGUCCGCCCUGGAUCCGACCCGUACGCAAGAAGGCGCCGUCUAUUGCUCGCUCAAAUUGCAGUGGGGAGUCCCCCAGUCCCGAAGCGUUUUCGCCGUCUGACUUCCUGGACGCCCAAAAAGGUGCGGGGCCGUCGUCCUUUCCUCCGGCACCACAGUCUGCAGGGACGCCCGUGACAAAAUUCGAGCAACCGUCGUUCACCGACGGCCCCGGGAACAUGAACAUGGACAUCCUGAGCAACGAGCAACUGUACAUGUCGCCAUCGGAUGUCAUGUCGCUGUUCAACGACGGCACGGUCGACCUCGGCCAAAUCUUCAAUCCAGAAUUUAUCCAGCCGCCCAGGUCUUCGGAUGGGAAUAAUAUUGGCGGAGGAGGAGGAGGAGGAGGAGGAGGAGAGCCGUACCUGAAAAUGACCGGUAUCGUUACUUCCCCAUAGCGACACUGAAUGCGUGGCGCAUUUUCUCAUUUUACUUACGUGGAAGGGACGAAUCAACGCACGCUGCAGAUCGUAAUUACCAAAGGCCAUAUAUAUGUACUAUGUAGCUUUGAGGAUAUGUGUAUAAUAUUUUUUUUAUGUUUGA